AUGUCUGCCCUUAGGAUUCUUGUGCCCGUGAAGAGGGUAAUUGACUUUGCUGUCAAGCCCCGUGUCAACAAGACCUUCACCGGUGUCGAGACAGCCGGCGUUAAGCACUCGAUCAACCCCUUCGACGACAUCGCCGUAGAAGAAGCCGUCCGAAUCCGAGAGCGUAAGCUCGCCCCCGGCGGCGUCGAGGACAUCUGCAUCUUCUCGGCCGGCCCGCCCAAGGCGCAAGAGGUCAUCCGCACGGCGAUGGCCAUGGGCGCCGACCGCGCCGUCCACGUCGAGCUCGCCGAGGGCGAGGACCUCGAGCCCCUCGGCGUCGCCAAGGUCCUUCAGAAGGUUGUCGAGGAGCAGAAGAGCAACCUCGUGAUACUGGGCAAGCAGAGCAUCGACGACGAUGCGGGGCAGACGGGCCAGAUGCUCGCGGGGCUUUUGGGUUGGGGACAGGCUACGCAGGCGAGCAAGGUCGAGUUUGGCGAGGGCGAUAGCGUCAAGGUUGUUAAGGAGGUGGAUGGUGGUGUUGAGACGAUUCAGGCGAAGCUUCCUUUGAUUAUUACGACGGAUUUGAGGUUGAAUGAGCCCAGGUUCGUGAAGUUGCCUAAUAUUAUGAAGGCGAAGAAGAAGCCUCUCGAGAAGAAGAAGCCCGAGGACUUUGGUGUGGAUCUCGCAAAGAGGUUGAAGGUUGUCAAGGUUGCUGAACCCGCCCCCCGCCAGGGUGGUGGCAAGGUCGAGGAUGUCGGUGGACUCGUCUCUAAGCUCAAGGAGCUCGGUGCUUUGUAA